UAUUGUUAUUAUUAUUAUUAUUGUUGUUGUUGUUGUUGUUGUUGUUGUUAUUAUAAAUUUAAAAUGUCCAUUUUACUGCUUUGACUUAUUUCAGCACCACAUUAAUAUGAACAGCAACAGACUCAAAGACAACAAUCACUGUCACUGGAAAUCUAUGUUUUGGGUUUUAAAACUGCAAACUUUUAGUAUUCAGUUGGAUUAAUUGAAUUAAUUUAUUAAAUAAAUGAAUAAAUAAACACUGCCUUGAGACUGGCUUACGGACUGGUCUUCAGAGCCACCAUCGCAAUUUUAUCUUGCGUUUAUCUCGAGCAGAACCUUGUGGUCAUAUCUCUGAGGUGGCCCGGGUGUGUCCAUUGCUUGUUUCAUGUAUAAAAGCCCCCGUAGUUUGAGCUGAUCAGGAAAAGCGAAAAACAAAACAAAAACAGGCAACAUGACAUCCCUUUCCGAAAAGGACAAGAACAUAGUCCAAACUUUCUGGGCUAAAGUGGCUGGCAGGGAGGAGGACAUCGGUUGUGAUGCUGUCUCCAGGUAAAUAUGCCUUAUGAUAUACAACCUAUGACCCCAACUGGACAGACCCUCUGCUGCAUUUUUUUACCUACUAUUUACUUAACCUACAUUUUACCUAUGCUGACAGUGUACCCCCAGACCAAGACUUACUUCUCCCACUGGAAGGACCUGAGUCCCGGUUCUGACCCGGUGAGGAAGCACGGAGCAACCGUGAUGGCUGCAGUUACUGAUGCUGUCAGCAAAAUUGAUGAUCUGAUCGGAGCUCUUCUGAGCCUCAGUGAGCUGCACGCCUUCACUCUGAGAGUGGACCCUGCAAACUUCAAGGUUCUCUCUCACAACCUCCUUGUGGUCCUGUCCACCACAUUCCCCAACGACUUCACCCCCGAGGUCCACGUGGCUAUUGACAAGUUCCUGACUGCGGUGGCGCUUGCCCUGUCUGAAAAGUACCGAUAAAUUGCACUCUGACGGUCAACAACAUGGGCUUGGAUACUCCCAAACUGAUUUUUAAUGUAAAAACAAAUAAAUAAAUCUAAUACAGUA